GUAAUCGUUGACAUGGCGUUACAGGAUUGCUCUCAUUUAUACGUCUCUGUUUUGUGACAGCUCGUCUCAGCUGCAGUUACAUAAAAAGUAAACAAAGCAAUGCAUCCUCUAGGAAUAUUUCACUCCCGUUUGGCGUAUUUUCGGAAAAACGCUUCUCAGUGGCUCGCGCUCUCAUCAUCAGUUUUGCUACAUGGCAGUGGUUACGGUCAAGCAAAGACAUUUUUUAGAAAAUACAGCGCGGAUCAACCGAAGGCUAACCCGGGGCAGUUUGUCUGUUACAGCCUAUCGCAUAGAAGCCUGAUAAAUAUACAUGGACAGGAUACCAGCUCAUUCCUUCAAGGUCUUAUAACUAAUGACAUGGGACUUCUGGAUGACGAGGAACUACAAGCCAUGUAUGCUCACAUGUUAAAUGUUCAAGGAAGAACAUUGUAUGAUAUCAUCAUAUACAGCUUUAAAGACAAUCCAGAGCAACAAAACAGUGUUCUGCUUGAAUGUGAUUGCACUGUGAAAGACUCUGUUUUGCGACACUUAAAAGUGUACAAAAUACGCCGCAAAGUGAGCAUUAGCCCCCGCACGGAUCUCUCGUUGUGGGCGUUGUUGCCACUGAACACAGAAGGCGCUCAGGGAAAGUCAAAACCAGACAUCACUGCCGUCGACAAAGCGCUCGUCCUGGUGCCAGAUCCAAGGACCGAUCUCAUGGGCUGGAGACUGAUUACAAAAAGCCAAGUCAAUCCACCAGAGGUCGUGGGUGCCUGUCAACAAGGAGACGCUGUGGACUAUCACAAGCAUCGCUACACAAUUGGAUUACCGGAGGGAGUCAAAGACCUACCCCCUGGAGAUGCACUUCCAUUGGAGUCCAACCUCGUCUACAUGCAGGGCAUAAGCUUCAGCAAGGGCUGCUACAUCGGUCAGGAGCUGACUGCCAGAACUCACCACACAGGAGUAGUGCGUAAGCGCCUGAUGCCCCUUAGCCUGUCAUCUCCUGCCGAAGACUUAGAGGAAGGAGCCUCUCUACAAACACAGGCAGGGAAGCCAGCGGGGAAACACAGGACUGGGCUAGGGGACCUUGGGUUGGGCCUUAUCCGUCUGGCCCACGCCAAAGAGCCUCUAAUACUAAAGUCCUCUGAGGACACAACCGUGACUUUACAGGCAUCUGUCCCAGAGUGGUGGCCUAAAGAUCCUAAAAGUCAGUGACGGAGCAGGAGGAGCAUGCACUAAAAGACUUGGCUAUAGGAGAGAGAGGAAGGCUUCCUUUAACCAAAACUCCGUUAGGAUCUUUUCCGUCAUUGGUUACCAUUCUGAAUCUUUCCCCUGUGCGGUGCUGAACAUAGGGCUCUGGUUGUUUAGUUUUGAAAAUGUUGCGGGUUUUUUGUGGUUUGUUUGUUUGCUGGAAAUGUGCUGAACGAGAUAUUGAAGCGAACAAAUAUUUAUGCAAGUUUUCGAGAGUUACGACACUCAACCACACAGCUUAAGAUGUCACUUUCCUACUGUGAAAUCUUAGUUUAAAGUAUUUAAACUUGAACUUGACUUUAUAAUAGAAAAGUUGCAUUUGACCUCACUUCGUAGACCAAAUGUUUGUUUCAAUAGUACAGUAUUGCUUAACUCUGCUUUAAAAGGGGUUCCACAAAAUCUAAAUCUGUUUGGUCCACACCAAAAGUAUAUAUACUAAACUUCAAAUGAACAUGGAAAAUGUGUUCUACCUGAUGAAUCAUCAUAUUUCAUUAAACAGCACUGUACACAUAAUCAUAACCAUAUUCUUUGGGCACUCUUUGAAUGUAAUCAUGUUU